CGGGGGGGGGAGGGGGCCCACGUGACCUGGCGGCGCCCGCCUUACCCAGCAGGCCUAGCGCGCGCGCGCGGCUCCCCUCAACAUGGCGGCGAGGGCACCGGUUUCAGCUUCUAGCCGAUGGCUGGAUGGCAUUCGCAAAUGGUAUUACAAUGCUGCAGGAUUCAACAAACUGGGAUUAAUGCGAGAUGACACAAUAAAUGAGACUGCAGAUGUUAAAGAGGCUAUAAGGCGACUUCCAGAGAACCUGUAUAAUGAUCGGAUAUUUCGAAUCAAGAGAGCCCUUGAUCUCUCCUUGAAGCAUCAGAUCUUGCCUAAAGAGCAGUGGACAAAAUACGAGGAGGAUAAAUUCUACCUCGAACCGUAUCUGAAAGAGGUUAUCCGUGAAAGGAAGGAGAGAGAAGAGUGGAACAAGAAAUAAUUCUGUUGUAAGGAACCCGUGUAGAAGCUGCCGAUCUGUAUGACCUGCUGUAUUUUUGUGAAAAAAAUGGUUAUGCUAGGCAUCUUUGAAGGAAAACUUAACUAACAGACAAGUUGCUGCAGAUGUGUGUUCUAUCCAAAUAAAUAUCUAUUAGAAAACCUUAA